UGCUGAGAGCCGCGGUCCUGCCCCUCCCUUCCGCAGGUGAUGCCGGUGCCUGGGGCGAUGCCGCUGGCGAGGCGGCAGCUACUGAUGGAGAAGGAAGCGGUGAUGGGCUCCGCUCGGGCCUCGUCGCACGUCCCCCACACCGGUUCGCCCCUCGGGGCCGCACUGCCCAGACCCUGAAUACUGGAAGCGCUGGCGGCCGGACCGAUCUCUCGGCUUCCCCCCCCCCCAAGCCGCCAUCUGCCCUUUACGUCCUCGAUGUCUCCCUCGCGGUACGGAGUCUCCUUCGCAGCCUCCCCGCUUACUUGCUCGCCACCGCAGCUCUCCCGCCCCGCGGUCCGGUGGCGAGAGGCGUCCGGCAUCCGUGUUGUCAGGCCACUCGUCUCCCCGGGCUGAGGAGCGGCGGAGGAGAGGCCGCUGGACCACCCGCCACGAUGAAGGUGGAAGCGGGGGACAACUCCAUGAUCAACCUGUCUGUGCAGCAAGUGCUGAGCCUAUGGGCUCAUGGCACCGUCCUCCGCCACCUCACCGAGAUGUGGUACUGGGUCUUCCUCUGGGCUCUCUUCUCCUCUCUCUUUGUCCAUGGUGCUGUGGGAGUAUUAAUGUUUGUGAUGCUGCAGAGGCAUAGGCAGGGGAGACUGAUCUCUGUCAUUGUGGUCAGCAUUGGAUUUCUGGGUUCUGUAACAGGAGCAAUGAUAACCAGUGCUGCAGUGGCUGGAAUUUACAGAGUAGCAGGAAAGAAUAUGGCUCCCUUAGAAGCUCUUGUCUUUGGUGUUGGACAGACAGUACUGACGUUAAUUAUAUCAUUUUCAAGAAUUCUUGCAACGCUUUGAGACUUAAGUAGAAGGGAGAAAAAUCAACUAGUUUAAAGAAAUCCUUAAGCUGAGGAGAAGCUUCCUGAAAAUGGAUUCACCAGCUUGCGAACUUGAAUCUAGUGCAAGAGAAAGGAAGCUAUGUGGAACAUGCACUACAAAGCUAGAGGUUCAGUCAAAUGAGCAGACUGUCCUCUAGUGUCUGAACUGUUGUACUUCUGCACUGCGCCUUACGUGCCUCAGUCAUAGGCAAGGUGCAAUCCUUGUGUGCGAAGUUGAGAUAAAGCACCUUGAGUUGAGAUUAAGCUGCCAGUCAGGUUAAUGCUGAGUGAUGGGAUCAUUGUUCUUAACAGUGUUGUAAUAAAAUAAAGGGAUGCUCCUGAAAAUUUCUGUACAUGCCAAAUUUGGAGUUUAAUUCUUAACUGUUGGCUGAGUAAGCUUUAAAGUUGUAGUUGUAGAAGGAUGCUGUGAACAUACACUUGAAUUCAGGUAAAAUAGCAACCGACUUUUGUAUUAACAGAAUCUCUUUGGCAAAAAUGUAAAAAAAAAUUGAGGAUAUGUGCAGGGAAGCAGUAAGAUUCAUUUUUCUUAAACCAAACUUCUUCAGCAUUCAAAGCAACUGAGCAACUGUUAGGUCUGUUUCAAAGAUGAAUUUUGGGGGUUUAAGAAUGACAGCUUUACCAACCCUUUUAGCACCAAUGGAAUUAGCACUAUGUGUAGAAGGGCUUAUGGCAGUUUUCUGAAGCUCAGCAUAUCAUUUCUUCAUGGGUUUAGCCUGUUAGAAAUCAGUAGUUUUAGGAGACUCUGUGUGGGUUACUAAGAACAAUCUGUUGUGUAUUCACAAACAAAUUUUAAGUUGAUGCUUUCCUUGAAAUUAUUUUGUCUUAAACAUAGAGAUAGUUACCAGCCCUCCUGAAAGCCUCAGAAAGGUUACUUGUCAGUAAUAAGCUCCCUGUAUUUAUUUAAGCACUGGUAGGACUCUUAAUACAUGUAUUCUUUAAAGAACACACAAAUAUAACAGACUUUAAGAGAAUACACCUAUGAUGGAAA